CACCUCGCAUCCUCCCAUCAUAUAUCGCCGAAAGCCUCCAUUUCUGCUCUGCACGGAGCAUCAAAACAUCCCCAGACCCUCCUUCUCUCUCCUCCUUCUCCUUCUCCAUACGAGGAAGAUGGGUACGAGAGAUUGUUAGCAUAGAUUCGUUAGAAAUACCCACAAACAAACGACGUCGACGACGACGAAGGAAGCGAUAGAUUUUGAAUUGACGGCGAUUAACUUAAUUUCCCCUCGAGUUUCUCUUCUUCUUUUUCUUGUUCCCUCGAUUCGUUGACUUGGGUCUCCCAGAUCUGGCGUUGGAACCAUGGCGACGGACGUGUUGCGGCCUCAGGAUUGCCUGAUCCAGAGGAUCCGGGUCUCUCCGGCGUCUUUCCCUCGCCGGAAGGCCUGCAACUAUGGGAACUCCUAUUCUAACCCUAGCAGAUCUAGCGCUAGGCCUACCCGGAAGCAGAUCCAGCAGCAGCAGCAGCAGGCGGCGGCGGCGAAGCCGGAGCCUCAGCGGAAGCGGUUCGUCCGCGCGCAGUCGGAGCCGUCGACCUCUUCGAGGUCCAGCUCCGACGACCUCAGGCAGGCGAGAUCCUCCGGCCUCGUGAUGGAGAAGGUCACGAUCCUCCGGCGGGGCGAGUCGCUGGACUCGAAGAUCAAGAGCCAGGUCUCGGAGGCGGAGGCGGCGGCGAUGGCGUCGAGCGACCUGGUCGUCUGCGACGGGACGCAGCGGCUGGGCCCGGACCCGGAGAUGAUCCCGAAGCAGGUCCGGAUCGUGGAUCUCAGGUCCCCGGUGGCGGCGGCGAGGAGGUGCGACGUGUACGCCGGAUCGGCGUUCGCGGUGUCGCCGGAGCCGAGCUCCCUCCCCCUCCCGUCGUUCUCAAAGAAGAAGCACAUCUCCUUCGACGACUCGGCGACUAGGGAUCUCCGGAGGCUGCUGCGUCUCGAUUGAGAAAGCCCUCUCGAGUCUCGACCGUGAAGAAGACCCGGUUCGCUAGAUCCGAGCUCGUGCCCGGAUCCGACUCUCUGCCCCCUCCCUCUCUCUCUGUCUCUACGUAGGUUCCAUGUUUCGUCGCCGGGCCAUUUUCUCGCGAUAUCUCGGAGGUCAGAUCGCAGCCGCGAGUUUUUAAGAAGCGGGUGGGAUGGAUAGAUCUCAAUAUCGGAGAAACUGACCGGGGGCGAUUCAGUAAAUUUGCAAAUCUUCUCUCCCUUCUCCUUGUCUGGGACAUGAUCUUUGUUAGAUCUAUACGACAUCUGUAUCAUUAUCUAUCUUGUGGGUGGGUCUUGUGGGUAAUGUUUAAUGUAAUUUGGGGUUUGAUGGGUAUUUUCCUUAGGGGUUUGUAAGUUGUAAUUGAAGUGGGUUAAAAAAAAAACAAAUAAAAGGCACAAAAAAAAGAAAAAAAGAUGAUGGUUUGAGCUUGAGUUGGCGUUGUGUUUGGGGAAAUGGGUUGUUGGGUUAGGGGUGGGUUAAGGUGUUAAUUUGAUGAUUAUGAUCGUUCAAGUGUGGUGCUAUCUGUGAAGAGGAAAGAGGCAUUGUAUGUAUGAAUGGUCCCUUACUAAUGGUAAUUUAAAGAAGAUGGCUUUAGGGAUUGCUGGCCACUUUGAA